CAAAGGGAAGGAUUAAAUUUGGCACCCAGGUUGAGGAGAAACCCAUGAUCAAGACACACAGAUAACAAUUUUUGGAUAAUUUAAUAAAAAAACUAUGAAAUGAAGGAUAGUUUGUUUUGUUUUGUCGUGUAACGAGGCACAUAUGUCCAAUGAAACCGCUAUGGGUGUGAGGUGGUGUGAACAUUGAAGAUUUUCACUUUGUUUCGAUUCUCAGUGAUGAUGGGUGCUGUUCCUGCUAGAUACCCUUUGGGAAUCCCUUUGCACUCUCACGGUGGUGCUCUUUCUCGCAGAGUCGACUUCACCACCUCACACUUCCCUGUUCAUCUUGACCUUUCAAGAAUUGCCUUGUGCCCCCGUUCUGCUUCUGAGGAAUUCAUUGAUAGAGUAUGUGCACGGUCUGAUAUUGAUGAUUUUGACUGGGAAUGGGACGAAGUUCCGACACCUAUUCUUGACACGGUUGAAAAUCCUCUUUGCUUGAAGAACCUUUCUCUUAAGGAACUGAAACAACUAGCUGCUGAAAUCCGUAUGGACCUAUCUUCUCUUAUGUCAGAUACACAAAUAUCACCGAAAGCAAGUAUGGCAGUAGCGGAGCUGACGGUUGCAAUGCAUCAUGUUUUUCAUGCUCCAGUAGACAAGAUAUUGUGGGAUGUUGGGGAUCAAACAUAUGCACAUAAGAUUCUUACAGGAAGGCGAUCACUUAUGAAGACAAUGAGACAAAAGAAUGGUCUUUCUGGUUUUACAUCCCGAUCUGAGAGUGAAUAUGAUGCAUUUGGUUCAGGUCAUGGGUGCAACAGUAUUUCUGCUGGACUUGGCAUGGCAGUGGCACGGGAUAUUAAAGGGAGGCGAGAGCGAAUAGUUGCAGUUAUCAGCAAUUGGACUACGAUGGCUGGUCAGGUGUAUGAGGCAAUGAGCAAUGCAGGAUGUUUGGACUCAAAUCUGGUGGUGAUUUUGAAUGACAGCCGUCACUCUUUACUCCCCAAAAUCGAUGAGGGCCCAACAACUUCUGUCAGUGCCCUGUCUAGUACCCUAAGCAGGCUCCAGUCCAGUAAAUCUUUCCGAAGAUUUAGAGAAGCUGCUAAGGGUGUUACUAAACGAAUUGGUAGGGGUAUGCAUGAAUGGGCAGCUAAAGUUGAUGAAUAUGCCCGUGGUAUGAUGGGUCCACUAGGUGCUACUCUUUUUGAAGAGCUUGGAUUGUACUACAUUGGACCAGUGGAUGGACACAAUAUGGAAGAUCUAGUAUGUGUGUUGCAAGAAGUAGCAUCCCUGGAUUCAAUGGGUCCUGUGUUAGUUCAUGUGAUAACCGAUAAAAAUCAGGGAGUAGAAAACAAUCAGAAAAGUGAUAUAACGGACAGGCAUCAGAAUGAUUCUGUUGAAACUGAUUUUUUAAACCAUGAUGUUCGCCCUCAAGCGUAUGGUGAUUGCUUUGUGGAGACUUUGGUUGCAGAAGCAGAGAAAGACAAAGAUAUUGUGGUUGUUCAUGCAGGAAUGUUGAUGGAGCCAUCACUUGAACUGUUUCGAGAAAAAUUUCCAGAUAGAUUUUUUGAUGUGGGAAUGGCUGAGCAACAUGCUGUGACAUUUGCUUCUGGUUUGUCAUGUGGUGGAUUGAAGCCAUUUUGCAUUAUACCUUCUUCCUUCCUACAAAGAGCCUAUGACCAGGUGGUUCAUGAUGUUGAUCAACAGAAAAUUCCAGUGCGUUUUGUCAUUACAAGUGCGGGAGUGGUUGGUUCUGAUGGUCCCCUCCAUUGUGGGGCAUUUGACAUAACCUUCAUGUCAUGCUUGCCAAACAUGAUAGUCAUGGCGCCAUCUGAUGAGGUUGAACUCAUGCACAUGGUGGCUACUGCUGCUCAAAUCAAUGAUCGGCCCGUAUGCUUUCGGUAUCCUAGGGGUGUCUUGGUUGGGGAAGACUACACUAUACCCAAUGGAAUCCCCAUUAAGAUUGGAAAAGGAAGAAUUCUUGCUGAAGGUAAAGAUGUUGCUUUACUGGGAUAUGGAUCAAUGGUUCAGAACUGUCUGAAGGCUCACUCACUUCUUGCAAAGCUUGGUGUUGAGGUGACUGUUGCUGACGCAAGGUUCUGCAAGCCCCUUGACAUCAAGCUUCUGAGGCAUCUUUGUAAACACCAUUCUUUUCUAAUUACUGUUGAGGAAGGUUCCGUAGGGGGAUUUGGUUCCCAUGUUGCUCAGUUUAUUGCACUGGAUGGACUGCUUGAUAGAGGAAUCAAGUGGCGACCAAUUGUCUUACCAGACAGAUACAUUGAGCAUGCAUCUCCAAAUGAGCAGCUUGACCAAGCAGGGUUGACUGGACAUCACAUUGCUGCAACCGCGUUGAGUUUGCUCGGCCGUACCCGUGAAGCUCUCCAGUUUAUGUGCUUCUGACUUACACGCUUCAUGUUCUUUUCCAGAAAGUUGGAUAGUUGCAUAGGAGAAUCAAGAAUGCAAAGGGCAGUUAGGUUUACCGGUCUCUUUCUAUUUAUAAUGUUGUGUAGUUCUCCUUUACAAGUCUGGUGAAAAAGAGAUCAUGAAUGCUAUUUUAAUUGUACAGCACUGAUGUCAAAUAGAAAGGAAAAAGCUAAUAUUAACUUUGACAAGCUAACAAAUAAAGAUAUAUGAUGCCAGUCCAUAGAGAAUGCA